GCAAUGGCGAAUGCAUCGAAUGGCGCAACUUCCCUCGCUCAACUGGCAGAUUCCUUCGCGGGCGUCUUCAACCGAGUGGCAAUGGCCACUGUCGCGUCCAUGACCCGAGACAUUCCAAUCGACUCGGACCUCGCCUCUUAUCGAGUCACAAUCGUGUUGCUGCCGCUAGCUAUGAUUAUGAUGGUACUGAGUACACUCAUGGCAGUCCUGGCGUCGGUCCUUGGAGUCCUUGCUUACAGGGCUUGCAGCAAGCCUGGUGUUCUCUACUAUCAGUGGGAGUUCUCAAUGGUGGAUAUGACCCAACAGUUUUUCAACCCGAUUGCUAGUAUUACUAGCCCGGCGGUGGCCCAAGGACAUCAGGAGCCGAACCACGUCGCCAAAGGGCGCGGUCCUGCCGAUAAAGUCUCUUCGGCGUGAGAAAUUCCCAACGACUCACACAAAACAUGUUUUAGGAGGAUUUGUAAGCGUCGGUGUCAGUUUUCGCUUGUUCGAAGCUGUCGAAAAGACGGAAUACAUAUCAUAUCUAGCAAAACAUGUCACAUGUCGGCGAAGCAGAUGGCAUGUUGGAUAUGCAAUGAAUGAGUAGCGGCACUAGGUUGGUGGUGAGCAGGCUGUGAUGAGUGUAUAUAUGUCGACUACUUAGUAGACUAGCCUGAGAGCAUUUGAAGAAGAG